AUGAACCGAUUGACUGGUAGUUUCCCACUUGUACAAAAUCUAACCAAGCUCUCGAUUAUAGGACUUUUUGGCAAUUACUUCUCUGGAACCAUUCCUUCUUCCGUCUUCACUAUGCCUUUCUUAUCAUAUCUUAAUCUCAGUGAAAACAAUUUCAACGGUUCUAUUGAAGUUCCUAAUUCCUCUUCCUCAUCUAGUCUCGAGGUAAUGCACCUUGGGCUUAACCAUUUUGAAGGAAAAAUCCUAGAGCCAAUCUCAAAGCUCACCAACCUCAAGACACUGGACCUUUCUUUCCUAAAAACAAGCCAUCCAAUUGAGUUAAGCCUCUUCUCCUCCUUCAAAUCUUUGUUAUACCUCAAGCUCUCCGGUGACAGUAUAUCUCCGGCCAGUUUAAGUUCAGAUUCAUACCUACCAUUGAGCCUGGAAGUGUUGUUCUUGCAGCAGUGUGACAUCAGAGAGUUCCCCGAUAUCUUAAUGACCCUUCGGAAUUUGGUUGUUAUAGACAUGUCUAGCAAUAGAAUCAAGGGGAAAAUCCCUGAGUGGUUAUGGAGCCUUCCUCAUCUGAAAUCGGUGGUAGUUACAGAUAAUUUGUUCGAUGGUUUCCAAGGUUCAGCAAAGAAUUUAGUAAAUUCAUCGGUGCAGUACCUAGGUUUGGAGUCAAACCAUUUCAAAGGAACUCUUCCUCAUCUCCCACACUCUCUUAUCAGCUUCUCUGCAAGGAACAAUAGUUUCAGAGGAGACAUACCUCUUUCAAUCUGCAACAGAAGGUCGCUUGCUGUCCUUGAUCUAAGCUACAACAACUUCACCGGCCCAGUUAGAAAAUGUCUGAGUAAAUUGACGAUUGUGAGUCUCCGAAGAACAACUUGGAAGGAAGUAUUCCAGACACUUUCUAUGCCUGUACCUCUCUCCUGA